CCCACUACCGUCUAAUCGAAAAUGAAAGUUCUACUACUCAUCGCCACCAUCGUCGGUGCAUUGGCCGUUUCGACGGCCUCUGCCUCAUCCGUCCAGAACGAUCUUCUGUACCCUCAGUUCAACUUGGUCCAUCGAGACGAACUUGUCCCACAAGGAGAAACCCGUGACCUGCUGGAACAUGCGCUGAAAUUGAUCAACAUGAUCGUGGACCAAGCCGUUAAGGCCAUCGACAAGGUUCAGCAGGAGAUUGAGCGGCUGCUCGAUGAUCUGCUGCUGCAGGGUGAGGAGUUGCUGGAGUUUGCCAAGGCUGAGAUCAACCGGAUCAUCCAGAAGGCGCUGGAGGAUUUGAACUUGGAGAAUCUGGGACUGCAGGAGUGUGCCGAAAUUGUUCCUCAACGGGUCGAAGAAAUCACUAAGACAGCGUUUGAUAAUUUGAAGAAAUGCUUUGAUGACUUCGCUGAGCGUGUGGAGAUUUCUCGGGAAAACAUCAAGGAACAUAUCGCCUUUUUGACUGGAAAAGUUCAGCAGAUCCAGGAAGUUGGCCAGAGCUGUGUGGAUGGAAAUGGAAAUUUGAUCGAUCAAGUCAAGUGCCUUUUUGAUCAUGUACCAGAAACCAACGCGAUUGUGGUGGAGAUCUUGUCAGAUGUCGGACAGCUUCUGGCGGAAACCGUCAAGGAAGCAGUAUCCCUUCUGAAUGAUACCCGCGGCUGCCUCCUGGAUGUUGUCAAGCAAGCCGAAAACGAAGUGCAGAAACUAGUUCAAGAGGUACUCGAGUGUGUGCAGCAACAAGGAUAAGACUUUCGAACAGAUGUAAUACAAUGACUGUACCCUAAAGAAUUUUAUUAAAAACAACGAGAUAUCUUAAAAAUACU